GAUGGCUUAUUUCUUUUCUCCCUUUUCCUCUUUCUUCUCCAGCCCGUUUCUGCUCUUGUCUUCCCGCUGCAACCCGAGAGGAAAAAAAAGAAAAGAAACCCAGCCAUGCCUUGAGGAAACCGGUAGAAAGCUUGGUUUUUGGCCUUCUUUUCUUGCUCUAGAACCUGAUUGGAACCCAGAAAUUCUCCCCUGGCAGGAAGCUUUCGGAUCUGCCUUGCUCUGCUCCUCACCGUCUGGCUGCUCCUGCUUUGUGGGUGUGAUUUGUUCGGUUUUUUGCUUGCCGCCAGCCUCUUCCCCCCUGCAGCUCCGAUUUUAGCUGGAGAAUUCUGGUAUGUGACAGCCUUUUAAGGCUUAAAUUAUCCAUUUAAAGUUGCUGCUUGUGAUGUCCGAAUUUGACUAGGAAAUGGGGAAAUUCCGGUAGCAAUUAAGAGGGAUUUAAGUGUGUUUUGUUGCUUAAUUCAAGUGAGAUUUAUGUGAUUGAGUGUUAGUUAGUUGUUGUGAUUCUGGAGAAAAUCCCGUGAGAUUAGCUAGUGUUUUGGCCAAUUUGUGGAAGUGGAGUUACUGUUCACGUCGGGGUACUGUUCACGGGUACUGUUCACCAGUUACUGUUCACACCCCGAGGGCCAACAAUUAACGGGAAUUUAAAUGAUUAGUUUGUGAUAUAAGAACGAAUUUGGAGAUAUUUGAUCAUUGGUAUUAAUUCUUGAAAUAUUUUGAUUAGGUUCUUGAUCGUUCUGUCAGUUAGUGCGUGAAUUGAGUACUCGGUUUUGCGGAGUGAGGUAAGUAAAUUUAUGGUAAUGCCCGUACUGUUUUAAAAGCAUGUUUUGAUUUGUUUUUGAAGUGCUGGCGGGACUAAACCCGUUUUACACGAGCAUGACUGAUUUGAAGUGAAAUGUUUUAUGCUUUUCAUGAAAUUGAGCAUGCCUACUUGAAAUUUAAGUGACCGUCCUGAUGAUCUAGAAGUGAUUGUGAUUUUCCUGUUAACUUCUGCCUGUUUUGUCUCCGAUGUGGUCAUGUUAUUCGUGACCCCGCUAGUGGGGGAGGUUACAAACGCUAGCACAUGUCGACAUGUUUGUGAUAGGACCGGUUCGCUCGUGGCCCUACUAGUGGGGAUUAUACACUAGUAUUCCUGUUUGCCUGCUGGUGGGAACUGGCCAUGAGCUAUAGAGGAGACGUCUAUUUCGUGCCCGUACUGUAUCCGUUUUUCGUGAUUGCACUUGUUGGCAUGCUAUAAGUUUAAUUAAGGGCAAUCCAUAUUUUACUUACUGAAGAUCUUUUGUUAUUGAUCCUGUUAGUCUCCACAGCAUAGUUGGUGGAGAAUUUGUUUUGUUUGUCACAUGACCAGUGGAGGAUGGGUAAACCCUCUACUUUGCAAGAGAUUCAAGGCUAUUUUAGCCAAUGUGUGUUUUUCUAGAUGCGUUUUAGGAGCUGGAUUACUUGGUAAUUCCGUUGCUCCUUAUCUUUCUGAAAGUGUUAUAGUGAAAAUUUCACUUUUUCCAUUUGAAGCUUCAUGGUCUUUUCAUGUGGCUCAUUUUUCUAUAUUGGUUAAUCAAGAGCAGUGAUCAUUCAAUUGAAAUUGUUGUCUUUUUGUGAAGAUUGGCAAGUUAUCAUAAAGUUAAACUCUCUAUUGUUGCCAAUCUUUAUAUUCUUGAUACUUGGAAAUUGCUUGAAACUCUUGAAAUCCGUCUUGAAUCUUUCUUGAUAUUGCUUUGUACUUGUUCUUGAAACUGAAAUCCAGAAAUGGAUAAUGAUUAUUGGAAUCCUCAUUAUCUUGAUACUUGUUUGAAAUUAAUUAUUGCACUGUUCUUGGAAUCUAGUUGAAUUGUCCUUGAAAACCAUUCUUGUUCUGACUCUGCUCUUGCUCAAAUUCUGUAUAUUGCUCUUGCUCAAAUCCUGCAAAUUCUGCUGGGUCUUGUUUCAGUAUACCUGUUGAUCUUCUUGAUUCCUGGUUUUUGUUCAUAUGGACACCUUUUUAGGAGGGGUGACGAUUAUCAGAAAAUAUCUAUAUGAGGUAUUCUAAAUUCUUGUCUCUUACAAGUGUUAAUUUCUGUAUUCUUGAUGUCCUAGCUUUAACUUGACUCUAGGAUGACUUGACUGUAAAUCUGCUUAGCCUCGCUUCCAUGAGCUACGAGGUGAAGGGGUAUUCUUUGAAAUACUUGAUGCCCUAGAGUUUUGUUCCAAGUGAAAUGGUUCUUUGAUCUGGCUGCUUGGAUUUUUGUUUGCCCUUUUAAUUGGAAGACAUUAAUCUUCUAAGCAUCUUGAUCCCAGCCAUUGCUUUGUUCUGUUAAUUAAUUCUAGUACUUGAGGUGCUAGAUCUUGACAUUCUGAUUAUAUCUGCUCUUGAAUCCGUGUUCUGAUUGUCAUUAUUGGAAUUUCUUUUGUGGGUCUAAUUCUUGAAUUC